AUGGAGGAGGGGCACGCAGCUGUUAAGGAAGAGUAUGGUGUUUUCUACACUAUGGAUGUCCUAGUUAUGCCUUCAGCUGCUGUGGGGACAGUACGCUCAUUGGAGCGUGACUCUAAUGCCUGCAAGGUUGCAAGUGCUGGAGAUAACGUAGCUGUAACAUUGCUAGGUGUAGAUGGAAGUCAUGUAAUGGCCGGAGGUGUACUAUGCCAUCCUGACUUUCCUGUCACAGUUGCAAAGCAUUUGGAGUUGAAAGUACUUCUCUUGGAUGGUGCAAGUCCCUUAUUGGUGGGCUCUCAGUUAGAGUUUCAUAUACACCAUACAAAGGAACCUGCUAGAGUUUCAAAUAUAUUGUCAGUACUUGAUCCCAAGACUGGUAAGGUAACCAAAAAGUCCCCACGCUGUCUUACUGCAAAGCAAAGUGCAGUAAUUGAGGUGAUUUUGGACGAGACAGUCUGUGUAGUAGAGUUCUCUAGUUGCAAAGCUCUUGGAAGGGUGUCCUUAAGAUCAUUAGGAAGAACAAUUGCUGUUGGACUUGUGACAAGAAUUAUUGAAGAUGAAAAUUAG